AUGCCGUUGGCCCCCGUGGCCUCACCCGCGGCGAGGCGGACGGUGCACGCAGCGUUUGAGGAGCUUAGGCGAACAAUCACCCCUCAGGAUUCACGCGACUUCCACAAGACGACGCUCCAGGACGUGAGGCAAGCCGCUCUCAAUAUUGAGACCCAGCUUGCUGCAAGGGGGUGUUUACGCAACAUGCGGCGGCUGAUGCCUCUCUUCAAGGGGCUAGAGCACUACGAGAAGGCCAUGAGCGUUUUAGUUGCCUGCGAAUACGUCGAGGCGUUCGAACAGAUCAUGAAGGGAUACUCGCGAAUUGCGUCGGCUCUGAAGAGGUUCGAGAUUCUUGGGGAAGCAUUCUCUCGUGAUGCCGACUUUCAAAUGACCUUGGCGGUCUUCUACUCGGAUAUACUCCAGUUUCACAAGUACGUGUACAAGUUUGGACGGUUUCAGCGGCGGUUCGACAACAUCCUAGAGAAUAUAGAACGCCACGAGAGCCUGAUCGACCUGGAAGCAAACGCGCGCGACAUAGCAGAAGGGCGCCGACUACACCAAGAGAUCAGACUUUGGAGAGAGGAGAGUGUCGACAGGAUUCGCCAACUCGACGAAGAGUAUGCAGCAAAACAGUACAAGGCCAUCAUAUCCUACUCUUGGCUCCAGAGGAGAAGAGAGACAACGAUGCUGUGGUUACAGGGGAGUCUAGGCACCGGGAAGAGCGUCUUGUCCACCCAGCUCAUCAACUAUAUAAAGGCGGCCGAUAUGUUCGUCAUCCACUACUUCUGCACUUACUCGUACCCGUCUUCAACGUCCCGUCCUACGCGCGUGUUAGCAAAGCGUCUCGGCAAAAAGCAAACCCUCUCGCUCACCGACGAGAAGGCGGCUUUGGAAGAGGCCAUAAGGCAAUAUAUACCACAGAGAUUGCAGUCUCUUCACCAGAAGUUCUCACAGCUGGAUAUUGGAGCCGACGAACUCAGGGAGAUCGCGUAUAGAGUCGCCCGGAAGGCAGACGGCAAGUCACGAAUGUUUCUUUAUACGCGGCUAGUCCUUGACUACCUAGCAACGAACAUCUUCUUCAGCGGCGAGGAAGUCAGGACAUCCAUCGACCAUCUUCCAGACAAACUUACAGAUUUCUCCGGGGACCCUAACGUCACCCACAUCGCUCCUCAAUACAUCCUAGACAUCUGCGAGCCUUUAGUCGAAGAGAGGCGCGACGGAACGCGGGCUUUCAUCCAUGUUUCCGUGAAAGAUUUCAUUCAAAGCCCGAGCAGCAACCUAGUCAUUCGCGAGGAAGAAGCACUUCAGCAACACGCAGCGGCCACUCUCGCCUGUCUCAUCUCCGGGUUUAACGUGUUCGUCGAAGGAUACCCUGAACAUCCGAAAGCAUUACGGGUCAUCAAGGGGAUACAUGGUCUCCAUGUCUACGCGACUGAGUACUGGACAGAAUACCUUCUCUCCGAAGCUAAAAGGCACGGCGGCAUAAGCUCGGAUACUAGUGUCUUCCGUCUUGCACGUCAGUUGGCGAACAAGCUCGAGAAAUUGGCCCCGCCGAAUGCACAGAGAGACGACUCGGACGCGGGUAGCUUCGACGAGCGGCUAGUACUCCUAGGACAGCAUGAAGCACUCCAGGAGUACGUCAAACGGAGCCUGAAGUCGAGAACUGCGGAACAGCUCGAGCGCGAGCUUCAAAACCAGGAGGGUAGGCGUCUCAGUGGAAGAACUAGAGCUCUUCAAAAGGCAGUUCUCCACGUCUGCCUUCACCUGUCGGCUCAAGUCCUGCCCACGAGCAACUAUAGGGUUUGA